AUGGGCCGGACUAUAUGCAGUACUUGUGGAAAUUUGUCUAACUGUUUUUUGUGCGCGAAAAAGUUAGUUCUACUGUAUUCACGUAUGGAGGACAAAAGAGAGUUAUUGAAGCAGCCGCUUCACUCGGUCUUCAUCCCCAUAGCCCUCAUUUUGUUCGGCACCUCUCUUUUCGGUUUUGAGUAUCUUCCCUACAGCAUUGCGUUUAUCGUGGUGAUUUGUACUGCUCAGGUUUGGAGAGCCAUGAACAAUAGAAGUUCAAUUGAGCCACUUAGAUGGAACGAUUUGGAGCUUAUUGACAAAACUAUUGUUCUGCGCAACUCGGCGAUUUAUAGAUUCAAGCUUAAACAUGAAGACGAGGUGUUGGAUGUUCCCACUGGCCAUCAUGUUGCAUGUUGUAUGACCAUCGAUGGUAUUGACGAAGUACGGUACUAUUCGCCCAUUUCGAACAAGUUUGAUGCUGGUUUCUUUGACAUUUUGGUCAAAUCGUACCCGGAAGGAAAAGUUUCCAAGAGAUUUGCCAUGUUGCGAGAGGGUCAAACUGUCAAGUUUCGUGGUCCCGUAGGACGACUUACCUAUGUUCCCAAUCUGUACCGCGAAAUAGGAAUCAUUGCUGGAGGCUCAGGAAUAACACCCAUCCUCCAGGUGAUCACCGAGGUCAUCACCAACCCAAAAGAUAAUACUAAACUCUCGUUAAUCUACGCUAAUGAGACUGCCAAUGAUAUUUUGUUGAAGACAGAAAUCGACGAGAUUUCCUCGAAAUUUCCCAACUUGAAGGUGCACUACACAUUGACCACGCCUCCCAAGGACUGGACAGGAAGUACGGGCUACGUAACUAAAGAAAUGAUGGAAACACAUCUUCCAAAACCCAGCGACGAUGCUCGUCUUCUCAUCUGCGGACCACCAGAAAUGAAGAGAACCAUGAUUGAGCAGGCCGAGGCACUCGGGUGGCCCCGAGGAACCAUGCGGUCGGAGCCAGACGACCAGGUAUUCUGCUUCUAG